AUGUCGGCAAUUAAACGAUUCUUUUCAAGUCAUAAAACAUCAUCAAAUUCAAAGGUUAACAAUAAUAACCAACAACAACAAGAUGCACAAAAUAAAUCUUCGAAUAAUACUACUGUUACUGUUGAAAAAGUUGUAAUAAAUACUGAAGUAAUUGAUCAUGAAGAAAGUAAAGAAAAUAUGGCUUCACCACCAUUUCCAUCAACAGAAAUAUCAUUAAAAUCCGAUAUUACUCCAUCACCAACAACACCACCGCCGUCAUCAUCAUCAUCAGAUAUAUUACUAACAAUUAAUAAUGAAGAGAAAAAAAUACCAAAAUCGUCAAGUUGGACAGUUGAAGAUUUUGAAAUUGGUAAUUUAUUGGGGCGUGGUCGAUUUGGUUAUGUUUAUUGUGGUCGAGAAAAACAAACACGAUUUGUUGUAGCACUUAAAAUAUUAUUUAAAGCACAAUUGAAAAAUUCUAAAAUGGAACAACAAGUAAAACGUGAAAUAGAAAUUCAAUCGAAUCUUAAACAUCCAAAUAUUCUCCGUCUUUAUGGAUUUUUUCAUGAUGAACAACGAAUUUAUUUAUUACUUGAAUAUGCACCUGGUGGAGAAUUAUAUCGACGUAUGCAAACUGAAAAAGUUCUUCGUGAAAGUGAAGCUGCUGGUUAUGUCUAUCAACUUUGUAAUGCUUUAAAUUAUUUACAUACAAAACGAGUCAUUCAUCGUUCAAUUAUUGUAGAUAUCAAACCAGAAAAUAUUCUAAUUGGAAAAUAUGGUAUUUUAAAAUUAGCGGAUUUUGGUUGGUCAGCAGAAAGUACGUCAACAUGCAAACGAACUACUCUUUGUGGUACAUUAGAUUAUUUACCACCAGAAAUGCUUAAUGGAAAUGGUUAUGAUGAAAAAAUAGAUCUUUGGUGUCUUGGUGUUCUUACUUAUGAAAUGAUAAUUGGUAAACCACCAUUUGAUAGUCAAACUCAACAUGAAACAAUUCGAAUGAUACGAUCAAUUGAAUUAACAUUUCCAACAGGAACAUCAACUGAUCUUCGUGAUUUAAUUACAAAAUUACUUCGUCGAAAUCCAGCUGAUCGUUUACCUUUGAAAGAUGUUGCACAACAUGUUUGGAUAACAAAAAAUGCAGAUAUAGCUGCUAUUGAAGAUAGCUAUGUUAAACGAAAGAAAACAUUGAAUAGAGAAAAUUAA